GUUUCAUUGACGUACUCUUUACAUGGCGCAGCCGGUACGGAAUAAAAAUUUAACGUAACAAAUUUAAAAUACGAAGAAGAAACAAAUAAACAAAAGUGCCGUUAAUGUAGAAAUUAUAAAAAAUAUAAAAGUGUUAUAAAAAGUAAAUUUAGAAUAAAUAAAAAUGGAGGCCGUAUUAAAGCCGCCAUCGGCCUUUCAAUUUGAUAAUAAUUUAACGAGUGUAACGUCAGGAAAUCUGUGCAAAUCGUGGGAAGACUGGAAAAAAUCAUUUUUGGUUUAUUUUGAAGCUUGUGAACUAUCAAAAAAGACUGUAACAGUCCAAAUUAAUAUACUGUUACACGUCAUCGGUCCAAAGUGUCGCGAAGUUUACGAACAAUUUAAGAAGAAAAGCGAGUCAUUGAGCGAUGUCUUAUCUCAAUUUGAUGAAUUCUUUUUACCUAAAAAGAAUACUACAGUGGAAAGACACAAAUUCUUCACCCGUGAGCAAAAAGAUUUCGAGUCAACGGAACAAUACGUCUAUGAAUUGAAUAAAAUGGCGGCGACGUGUAAUUUCAAAGAUCUAUGCGACGAGCUUGUUAAAGAUCGCCUAAUCUGCGGAAUAAAUGAUGGUGCAUUACGAGAACGAUUAUUACGAGAACCGGAUCUAACACUGAGCAGAGCCCUCGAUAUAUGUCGGUUGGCUGAGCUGUCACGUGUUCAGGCCGGCAGUAUCAAGACUGAGAGGUCGAGUCAUCACGUCCACGAGGUAAAUCAUCACAAUGGAGAUUGCUCGGAGCAGCCGGGAUCAGGCGAAGGAUCAGUCAGCUGGGUGCAGUCGGGGCGCUGUCGGUGUGGAGCAGCGCAGGCGCAGCACGCCUCCGGCACGCGGGACGCGCGUGACCGUCGCAGGCGAGGGCGCGGGCGCGGCCGCGGGCGCGCUCGUGCUCAGGGGCGCCCUGGGCCGCCUGCUGCCGCCGCCCCGCCCUACCAAGGUUCUAGUGCAAAUAAAGUGCAAAGUGUAUGCUCAAAGUGCGGUAUAAAUCAUGAGCUAUAUAAGUGCCCAGCCUAUGGUGUGCAGUGUAACAAUUGUAACCGUUACAAUCAUUAUGCUAAGAUGUGUAGACGACAAGUUUACGCUAUUGAUGGUGAAUCCAGUGAUCAGGGCGGUGAGACCUCCUGAGCGCUACGGCUUCUCUGCGGCACGAUAGGUUAGGACAUCACGAAUAUUAUCAACUGAG